AGAUGAGAAAGAGGCUCUCAGCGGGAGGGAGGCAGGCGGGCUUGACUGACAGGGGAGAGGGCUGGCUUUUUGGAGGGCUCUUAGCAACGGCCCUGAUUGAGCCCCCUCAGCCAUGAGAAAAUCAAAUCAAUGUGCCAUUCUUCCAGGCGCGAGGCAGCAGCAGCAGCAGUUCAACAUGAAAGGAGGCUUCCUCCCUGCCUGCCAAUUACCUGCUCUUCCCGAUCUCAUGGUUUCUUCCUUUGCAAAGUGCUACUGAGAAGGGGGAGGAAACGUCCGCCACCCAUCCCCCUUGCUGCCUGGGGGUUCAGACUUGAUUGUGAGUCCGUGUUAUAUCAUCUCGUCUCAUUGAUAGGCGGGAUCGGGAGGGGGGGUUCCAGCCCCCCCUGGACCGGCCGGAGCUUUAUUCUAGAGUUACUGGCGGGUAGCUGUGCUUUUCUUUCCCGUUUGUAGGUGAAACCCCAUUGGCUUCAUUGGCUCCUUGAUUUAAACCACGCCCGGCUUUCUGCCCGCUUUGCUGCUGCUGGGCCAGGCUGCCCAGCCAUAUCCCAGCCCCGUCUGCAGGGAGCCAGAGGCUGCUGCUGCUAUUGUGUGGAUGCCGCGCGUGUCCCCUCUUCUUUCCAGAGAUGGCUAACAGGGGCCCGAGCUAUGGCUUAAGCCGAGAGGUGCAGGAGAAGAUCGAGCAGAAGUAUGAUGCGGACCUGGAGAACAAGCUGGUGGACUGGAUCAUCCUGCAGUGCGCCGAGGACAUAGAGCACCCGCCCCCCGGCAGGGCCCAUUUUCAGAAAUGGUUAAUGGACGGGACGGUCCUGUGCAAGCUGAUUAAUAGUUUAUACCCACCAGGACAAGAGCCCAUACCCAAGAUCUCAGAGUCAAAGAUGGCUUUUAAGCAGAUGGAGCAAAUCUCCCAGUUCCUAAAAGCUGCGGAGACCUAUGGUGUCAGAACCACUGACAUCUUUCAGACGGUGGAUCUAUGGGAAGGGAAGGACAUGGCAGCUGUGCAGAGGACCCUGAUGGCUUUAGGCAGCGUUGCAGUCACCAAGGAUGAUGGCUGCUAUCGGGGAGAGCCAUCCUGGUUUCACAGGAAAGCCCAGCAGAAUCGGAGAGGCUUUUCCGAGGAGCAGCUUCGCCAGGGACAGAACGUAAUAGGCCUGCAGAUGGGCAGCAACAAGGGAGCCUCCCAGGCGGGCAUGACAGGGUACGGGAUGCCCAGGCAGAUCAUGUAGGACGCCACAUCCUGCCCCUGGUAGAGAGGACGAAUGUUCCACACCAUGGUCUCUACGAAAAAGAAAUAGUUAGUCACCUUCUGACCUUCUCCUCUUUCUCAAAGCCUUCUGUCCCUGGUUUUUGCAAGUGCUGCAUUUCCGCCGAGAAUCCGCGUUGCCUACUGCUGCCACCUCCUGUUCAUUUAGAACUAUGCAAAGACUCCGCUUCCGUUUUCCUGAGCUCCUCAGGCCCCAGAGUCUCUGUUUGAUUAUUUAUUUAUUUAUUUAUUUGCCAAAAAUUCUCCUCUUCAACUUAUAGAAUGCACCUAAUAAAGUAAUUAGUCUUGUGUC